AUGGGUUGGGAGAUCAGGCCUGGUGGCAUGCUUGUUCAAAAGAGAGACUCUGGGGAUGCCUCUUCUGGGGCUACGAUCAAGAUCAAGGUCUCCCAUGAUUCUUAUUACCAUGAUGUCACUGUCCCUACGCGGUCCACUUUUGGGGAUUUGAAAAUUGUUCUUUCCCAUGAAAUUGGUAUGGAGCCUAAGGAGCAAAGAUUGUUGUUUAGAGGGAAAGAAAAGGAGGAUGAGGAAUGCUUGGACAUGACAGGUGUAAAAGAUAUGUCCAAAGUUGUACUGUUGGAGGAUCCGACUAAAAAAGAGAGGAAGCUUGAGGAGAUGCAGAGAAAUCAAUUUGUACUAACGGCCUGUGAGGCAGUUGCCAAAGAGAGAACAGAGGUCGAUGGGCUCUCUGCGAAGAUUAUAGCUUUGAAGGCGACCGUUCGCAGAGGCACCAAGACCAUGGAUAAGGAAUUUGUUGUAUUGACGGAGUUGCUCAUGGUGCAGUUGCUUAAAUUGGGUUCUAUUGAGGCUGAUGGAGAAGCAAAAGUGCAGAGGCGGUUUGAGUUAAAAAUUCAAGAACAUUUUAUUGAAGCUAUUGAAGCAGCUGACUCUACUUUACAAGCUAUUGAAGCAGCUAACUCUACACAUCUUAGUCCUCCAUUGUUGACUAUUGAAGGUUCAGUCAAGGCAGCUGGGAGUUCAUGA